CGCAGAAGCGGGCGCACAAACCACUCAAAUCAAAAAGUUUAAGAUUUCGUCUUGAUAUCUCACCCAAAACCCUACGCGCAGGUUAACUGCAUUUAAAGCGCAUGCCUUUGAACCUACAGCCUACAUUGGUACUAAGAAGAGCCAUGUGAAAUACUUUGAACCUCAGCUAAACUAAAUAAAUUUCCUUUGGUAAUCAUGGCUGGGGUUUAUUUCCUCAGAAUACAAUGUCGUGAAGCGAGAAAGGUAUUGGUUUGUGUUCGUUUGGAAUGACGAGUUUUAAGGAUUUUGUGUUGAGAAGAACAUAAUAGAACAUAACUUUUCUUCUAUUCUUUAAACAAAAAAUGUGAAUGUGAGAAGCUGUCUCCCCUUCGUUUGGGGGCGAUAUCAAGACAAAAUUGUUAAUUUUUUGAUUCGAGUGGUUUGUGCCGGGCUUUUCCAGGCGGGGUCAUCUCGGGGCGCAACACCGACCUGUUUAGAGUAGUCGAAAGAACAUCCGGCGUAGAAGAAGAACCAACGCAUGCUGUCCCAAUUCAUGCAGAUAGCUCUACAUCUUGCAAAAUAUGCUUUUGGUUGUCAGAUAGCUAAAUUAUCAACGGUGUCAAGUUACUUGGGCAAUAGGUUUUGAGGAUAAGGAACAGUGUGCUUGGAUCGAAAUUCUGUGACAGGACUUGGAUCAGUAUGUCGGGUCCGGGGAUUUUGACCCGCACGGAUUUGUCAGAACCACCAAAACAAGACACAAUCCUGGAUGAAGCUCAGAGUCAGGGCUGUUCUGACAACCUCAAAACAGUCUCCAGUAAUCCAUCUGUCAGACACGCGCAUCCUGAUCAGCCUCUUGAUGGACUGAGUCUUGCUUCCCAUGCAGUGCUGGAGAGAGCGCAGCAGAGGGGCAGGGUAAAGUGCUCUAAAUGUAGGGGAUCAAGGAUGUUCUUUUGCUACACAUGCUGCUCAUUAGUGGGUGUCAGCCACAUAGAAAUCCCCUCGGUCAAGCUGCCGGUGAAGAUUGACAUCAUCAAGCACCCCAGUGAAGUAGAUGGCAAGAGCACUGCAAUCCACGCCAAAAUCCUUGCUCCUGAUGAUGUGACCAUAUACACAUACCCCUGCAUACCUGAAUUUGAAGGUGAAAGGCACAAAGUGGUGCUGGUGUUCCCUGGUCCUGGAUCAGUUUCCAUGGAGGACAUGAAGCAGCGUUUAAGGCACAUGGCUGACAGGAGGUCAGCUGAUUCCCCUGAGGAACCACACCCAAAGAGGCUGAGAUGUGAGAAGACACCAGCUGAGGAUCCACGGUUAGGGGCCCCACAUGUGGCUGAAGGCCCUGGGUCAGGGGCCGGCCCUCUGCUGAGGGUGGUCUUCAUCGACAGCACAUGGAACCAGACCAACAGAAUCAUCACAGAUGAGAGACUUCAGGGUAAUUGUGACAAAUUGCUUUUACAUAAAGAAUGUUUCUCAAAAGGCUUUCAGCGUUGUACAGUGUUUAAUGGAAACUUACCUCAUACCAGUGUUACGUCAGUCAUAGCAGUGCUUUGCCACCUGUGUGGGCUUUACUGCUGCAUUAAGUCUCUUGGAGGUUCUCCACUGUGCAGCCCUGUUACAGGUAGAGCUCAAGACCAGGAAGACGUGUUUUUGGCGCCAUCAGAAGGGAUCACCUGACACUUACCUGGCAACCAUUGAAGCCAUUUACUAUUUCCUGAAGGAAUAUCACGAGCAGUGCUUGUCUCAGGAGUACAGAGGAGAAUAUGACAACCUGCUGUUCUUCUAUUCCUACCUGCACACCCUCAUCACGAAGGCCAAGACUUCUGCUGGAAAACUCUGACACUUUUUAUAAGAAAUCUAUGAAAUAGAAUGUCGAAGUUCAACUUAAAAUCUAACCUCAUUGAAACCAUAAUGGGUUCACAGCUCAAAAAAGGGGCCUCAACAAUGUUCCCUUUCUAAAUAGUAUGGUAACACUUAUUUCAAAACUUCAGUUGAGCACUUGAGGUGCAAAGACAGUUCUAUAUUUGGCCAAAUACUUUCCUGAGACAUCUUAUAAUGUCUGAAACUGCCGAAUUGCUAAAUCUUCAGAUUGAUGUGUUGUGUGUAUUCAAAAGAUUUCCAAAUUGAGUAAACUCUAAACAUUUUUAUUUACAAAUUAGGCAGUACAUGCAACUGGGUAGUUUUUCCUCAAAUCAAUGAUUUUGGAGUGUUUGGCACUUCAGGUAAAACAUUGUCACUGUCAAUAUUUCUUUACCACUCUCAAUAUUCCUUUACCACUAUUGUCAUCACAUUUACUGGAGAACCCAAAUAAACUACUAGAUAUUCUACAUGUUUUCUAAAGUGAACAAUUAUUCCGGCAUCUGGAUUCAAGAGAAA